AUGUUUGGAAUUGUCAUUAUAUUAAUACAGGGCUGUUUCGUCCCAUCUACAGUUAUCCGACAACCUGGUUCAGCUGCGGCCUUACUGUUUAACCUGCGAUUUACCCAGAUUAGCCCAAUGGUGGUCGUUGCACUCCCCCUUCUUUGGGGUCUUGUCACCCUACUUUCGCGGCUUGCCCAAGCUGGCCCUUAUAUACGAGACAAAGAUGCUGCAGGAUCAUGCACGGCAUCGGCUUUCUCAUCUGUCCUCCCCGCCGGGGCGGUCAUUGAGAGAGCUGAUCAUGUUGAUGCAGGCGGAAGCUACGGUGAAGGCGCAAAGAACUUGGGCUAUCCAAAUAACGUAACAAACUUGCCGGAAGUUUGCGCAAUUAUAGUGAAUGUCUCAUCAUCAUCAACCUCGAAUUAUCGAUUUGGGUUGUUCCUGCCCACAGCUGCCAAUUGGAAUGGGAAGCUCUUAACAGUGGGAAAUGGAGGGUUUCUCGGGGGCAUCAACUGGCGCGACAUGGGACCCGGACCUCACUAUGGCAUGGCGAGCAUUUCAACGGACACAGGGCACAACUCCGGAUCCGAUCUGAGCUGGGGUCUGAACAACCCUGAAAGGAUCAACGAUUGGGGAUGGAGGGCAAUUCACGGUUCCGUUGUCAUUGGCAAGACGCUUGUAAAGGCUUACUACCAAAAGCAAAUCAAAUAUUCCUAUUACAGCGGCUGCUCCACAGGAGGAAGACAAGGAUUAAAGGAGAUUCAACUCGAUGCGACUUCUUUUGACGGAGCUCUUAUUGGCGCGCCGGCAUGGGACCAAGUAGGCCUGAUGCCUUGGUUAUCCCGCCUUGGAACCCUUAACCUUCCAACUACAGAUCCUGGGUCUUUCACAGAUGUGAGCCAGUUUACACUCCUGGCCGACACUGUUAGAACCCAAUGUGAUGCCAAAGAUGGACUGACAGACAACAUCGUGAGCUCACCCGAGACAUGUGAGCCAGAUCUAUCAGUGAUACAGUGUGGAAAUGCUGGGGUCGAUGCUUCGAACUGCCUGACAGCAGAACAGGUCGAAACGGCAAAGAACGUAUACAGCGACUACAAUGAGUCUAACGGGCAACUGGUAUACAACGGGCUAGAGCACAGUUCUGAGGAUCAAUGGGACACCUACCAACUGUACGGGAACCCAGCCAAUUUUGACCAGCAGUGGCCACGGUUUUUCCUCUACAACGACCCUACAUGGACAUGGCAGGAGUACAAUGACACCGUUGCGGAUGACGCUAGGCGAAUCGACCCUGGUAAUGCUACUGCAGACAAGUAUGAUAUCUCUGGAUAUCGGGCUCGAGGGGGCAAAAUCAUCCUUUACCAUGGCACGGCCGACGGAAUUGUUGCAACAAGGUCAUCCAAGCUUUACUACAACAGAACAAGAGAAGAAAUUGGUGGGAGUAUUGAUGAUUUCUUCCGGUUCUUUUUAGUUCCCGGGAUGCAGCAUUGCUGGCUAAGCCCCUCUGCAGUGAAUGCACCGUGGAACUUUGUGGGAACAAGCCAGCAAGUCGCCUUGGGGUCAUUUUCCAAUGGAUAUUCCGUGCCCAACAAUAUCAAUCGACAACAUGACGCGAUGCUUGCAUUGAUGUCCUGGGUUGAAAACUCCACCAGCGUCGACUCAGUCAUCGCGACGGCGUGGAAAGUCAGUUCAGGGAAUCUCCAAGUUGCCAGACAAAGACCUCUCUGCCCAUACCCAAAGAAAGCGACGUACAAUGGCACAGGAAACCCAGAUCUAGCAACAAGUUGGGCCUGUGCGUGA